CGCAUGCAGGCGGGCAUUCGCUGGUGCUGCCGGUGGUUGUGAUGUUCCUACUAAACCUGCUCCCAGCAGGAGAGGCGAUGCUUUGUCGUUAAGAUUUGCUAUUUCCGAGCGAUGGAGACGCUCACAUGCGCGUGGACUUCUCGGAUGCUGGAAGGACAGCAGUGAGGUGUAGUAUGAGGACCUCACCUCUGACAAGAUGGCGGCAGGCAUGAGGACGAACGCCAGGAUGGUGUGGAGACUGGGGGUGUACGUCCGGCUGCUGGCGGCAAGCGUACUGCUGGGUGCCGAGCUGAGCCGACUGGGUUUGAGAGAUCGGGUCGGGGUCGCCGCACAGAGCAACGAAAGACGGGUUCUGGCUCGCAUCCCGGGCGACAUCAUCAUCGGAGCCCUGUUCUCCGUCCAUCACCAGCCGCCUGCAGACAAGGUGCACGAGAGGAAGUGCGGGGCGGUGCGCGAGCAGUAUGGGAUCCAGAGGGUGGAGGCCAUGAUGCACACACUGGAUCGGAUCAACGCCGAUCCCAACAUUCUGCCCAAUAUCACUCUAGGUUGUGAAAUCAGGGACUCGUGCUGGCACUCGGCCGUGGCCCUGGAGCAGAGCAUCGAGUUCAUCCGGGACACGCUGGUGUCCAGCGAGGAGGAGGAGAGCCAGGCCAGGUGCGCCACACCUGGUGGCAUUGCACCGGUGCCGCAGAGCAAGAAGCCCAUUGUGGGCCUCAUCGGGCCGGGGUCCAGCUCGGUGGCCAUCCAGGUGCAGAAUCUCCUGCAGCUCUUCAACAUCCCGCAGAUCGCCUACUCGGCUACUAGCAUGACUCUCAGCGAUAAGAGCCUGUUUAAGUACUUCAUGAGGGUGGUGCCCUCAGACAUGCAGCAGGCCAGAGCCAUGGUGGACAUUGUCAAGAGGUACAAUUGGAGCUAUGUGUCUGCCAUACACACUGAGGGUAACUACGGCGAGAGCGGCAUGGAGGCGUUCAAGGACAUGGCGGCCAAGGAGGGCAUCUGCAUCGCGCACUCGGACAAGAUCUACAGCAACGCCGGCGAGCGCGCCUUCGACCGGCUGCUGCACAAGCUGCGGGCGCACCUGCCCAAAGCCCGCGUGGUGGCCUGCUUCUGCGAGGGCAUGACAGUGCGAGGCAUCCUGGCCGCCAUGCGCCGCCAGCGCCUGGUGGGCGACUUCUUGCUGGUGGGGAGCGACGGCUGGGCGGACCGCUACGACGUGACGGACGGCUUGGAGCGCGAGGCGGCGGGCGGCAUCACCAUCAAGCUCAAGUCGGCCUACGUGACGUGGUUCGACGACUACUACCUGAAGCUCAAGCCCGACACCAACCUGAGGAACCCCUGGUUCCCCGAAUUCUGGCAGCACCGCUUCCAGUGCAAGCUGAGGGGAGUCCCGCAAGAGAGCACCGCCUACAACCGCACGUGCAGCUGGAGAGAGUCCUUGCGCCACCAAUAUGCCCAAGACACCAAGAUGGGCUUCGUCAUUAACGCCAUCUACUCGUUGGCGUACGGUCUGCAUGCCAUGCAGCAGGACCUCUGCCCGGGAUAUAAGGGUCUGUGCGAGGCCAUGCGGCCCAUCGACGGGCGCCAGCUUCUAAACUUCCUGAUGCAAACCAACUUCACGGGCGUGUCGGGAGAAGUCAUCCACUUUGACCAGAACGGAGACUCACCUGGCAGGUACGAGAUCAUGAACUUCAAGCAAAUGGCCCGGGAGGAGUACGCCUAUGUGCACGUGGGCAGCUGGGACCAGGGCGGCCUGCGCAUGAACGACGAGGAGAUCUGGAGCAACGACAGCGACGUCAUACUCUCCGUUUGCUCCGAACCCUGCCAGAAAGCACAGAUCAAGGUGAUCCGCAAAGGCGAGGUGAGCUGCUGCUGGACGUGCACGCCCUGCAAGGACAACGAGUUUGUGUUUGACGAGUACACGUGUCGCGCCUGUCUGCUGGGCUCGUGGCCCACCGACGACCUGCGCGGUUGCGAGCCCAUCCCGGUGCAGUACAUUCGCUGGGGCGACCCGGAGCCCAUCGCCGCCGUCGUGUUCGCCUGCCUGGGCCUACUGGCUACGCUCUUUGUCACAGCUGUCUUCGUCAAGUUCGGGGACACGCCCGUGGUGAAGUCGUCCAGUCGGGAGCUGUGCUACAUCAUCCUGGUGGGCAUUUGUCUGGGCUACGCGUGCACCUUCAGCCUGAUCGCCAAGCCGCACCUCGUUUACUGCUACCUGCAGAGGCUCGGCAUCGGCCUGUCGCCCGCCAUGAGCUACUCCGCCCUGGUCACGAAGACCAACCGCAUCGCUCGAAUCCUAGCAGGCAGCAAGAAGAAGAUCUGCACCAAGAAGCCUCGCUUCAUGUCCGCCUGCGCUCAGCUGCUCAUCGCCUUCCUGCUCAUCCUGCUGCAGCUGGCCAUCAUCGUGGCGCUGCUCGUCAUCGAGCCGCCAGAGGUGGUCCACGACUACCCGAGCAUACGUGAGGUGCACUUAAUCUGCAACCUGACCACUCUGGGGGUGGUGGCGCCGUUGGGCUACAAUGGCCUGCUCAUCCUCAGCUGCACCUUCUACGCCUUCAAGACUCGCAACGUUCCGGCUAACUUCAACGAGGCCAAGUACAUCGCCUUUACCAUGUACACCACCUGCAUCAUCUGGCUGGCCUUUGUGCCCAUCUACUUUGGCUCCAACUACAAGAUCAUCACCAUGUGCUUCAGCGUUAGCCUCAGCGCCACCGUGGCGCUCUGCUGCAUGUUUGUGCCUAAGGUGUACAUCAUGCUGGCCAAACCGGAGAAGAACGUGCGCAGCGCAUUCACCACGUCUACGGUGGUGCGCAUGCACGUGGGCAACGCCAAGAAAGCCACCAAGGAGGGCAAGUCGUCCAGCAGCAUGGCCAACCUAUUCAGGCGCCGCUCGUCCUCGCAUGACAACGCCAGUUCCAACGGGAAGUCGGAUGCCUGGAAGCAGAACGAGCGCGGCUACAGGCCCAACCUUUGGAAGCGGAUGACCUUUCACGUCAAGAAGAAGGACACCCCGGACACCAACCAGACGGCUAUCAUCAAGCCUUUCUCCACGAGCGGCGGCGGAGAGGCGGCGGCUACUUUCGAGUCGCAGUGGUUCCAAGACGGAAACGACACCAGACCGACGCAAGCCGAACUCCCUGCCGGCGACAUCAGCGCGGUCGGCGUGGGCGAGCUUGGCAUGAUGUGCGGCCCGCUAGGGGGCGCUACCGUCAUGGAGCAAAUCAACUGCGUGGUCAACAGUUUCAACCAGCUGGACGUCGCCGCCCUGUCGGCCGACGGCCCCGCCGUGAAGACGGCGCGCCACAUCAGAGACUCGGAGGAGCCGGCCGCACUCACGCCGCCGUCGCCGUUCCGGGAUGCCUCGCUCAGCUCCGAGGCCAGCGACGACGCUUGCUCCUCGCGCUCGCCGUCUGGCGCCUCCGAGGCGGAAUACGGGCAGCUGCUGCUGCGACACUACAGCCAGAGUGCUUCCUCUCUGUAAACGACCAAACUUGUGUUGCCUUGAAAAGAGUCAUUUAGAAGAUGGUGGUGCUUUCAGGAAUUGCCUACAUCGUUUUUCAAAUCCAUCAACAAAGACAUGGGUUUCCUUGGUCCUAGUAUCUUAAAAUUUU